UGCCACUAGCGGCUCUCCACAACUGACUCCUGACUCCCCAACACCUCUCUCUCCCCCCGUCAUCCCACUUUCCCUGCAUCUCUCCUCCCUCUCUAGGUCAAUGGCCGAGGACAGGCGGUGCCGGGAUAAUGAGGAUGACCUGCCGGUGUACCUGGCCAGGCCGGGCACGACUGCCCAGGUCCCGCGGCAGAAGUAUGGAGGCAUGUUCUGCUCGGUGGAAGGGGCGUACGAGAGCAAGACUUUGGAUUUCGAUGCGCUCAGCUUGGGCCGCAAGAGUUCGCGGAGCUCAAGGAGCGUCGGUCAGCACGGCUCGCCCAGGGGCAGCGAGGCUUCCAGCGACACGGCCAGCGUCGCCAGCGAGAGCCCGGGGGCGGCCGACCACCCGGGAGUGCAAAUCACCACCGCGGGCGGCAAGGAGAGGCUGCAGAACCGGGAUGACCCACAGAGUGACCGACUGCUGAUCAAAGGAGGCCGGAUCGUCAACGAUGACCAGUCCUUCUAUGCUGAUCUUUACAUGGAAGAUGGCCUCAUCAAGCAAAUAGGUGACAAUCUGAUUGUCCCUGGAGGUGUGAAGAUCAUCGAGGCAAAUGGCAUGAUGUUAAUCCCUGGAGGGAUUGACGUACACACCCACUUCCAGAUGCCGUACAAGGGGACCACCACUGUGGAUGAUUUUGUUCAGGGAACAAAGGCCGCCCUGGCUGGGUGGAACCACGAUGAUAAUGCUACCUAUUCGAUGCAACAAAAGGAACUUGAAAAAACAUACUUCAACAAAACACAUAAUAUACAAAGCACUCUUGGUACUUUUGAAGCUGAUUGUAGGAAAGACCUGGUUUUGGUGAUUGUGAUUUGCCACCGAUUCAGUGCAUGCAACGAUGCAAGCACAUCUCCAAAUCAGCAGCAGCUGCAGAAGUGGAUUUCCAUAAUGUCUCGGAUCCUGAUAAACCUGCUUUCACUUUGUGUUGCUGAUGUCUCCUGCGUGUGUUCAAAUGAACGUGUGCUGUGGACUCUGUGGAUAAUGGUACCAGACCUGCUGAGUGCUUCUGCAUUUUCUAUAUUUAUUUAUAAAAAGCCCAGAGUUGUGAGCAAUUUCAAGUAUGCAACGCUUCUGAUGAGGGCUCUUCGAUGUGAGAUUUUACCUGUUUCUCCUUGCACAGCCAUUGUGUUUUCUCAUUCCUCUUGUUUCAAGCAGCUGAUGCAUGGGAGUCAACAGGUGUUCUGUAUGAAGUCAGUUGCAAAUGUAUUAUUUGUGUCCCAAUAUGUGAUUGAAUCAGAAAUUGUUUUUCAUGCCCACCGCCAUCCAUGUAAUAUAUUUGCUCGUCCUCCCAUUUCAUUGUAUUUUAAAAUUGUUUUUUUGUUUUUAUUUCUAACAGGUGUGAAUUCCUUCCUUGUCUACAUGGCUUACAAAGAUUUAUAUCAAAUGUCAAAUGCUGAGCUCUAUGACAUCUGCAAGUACGUGGGCGACCUUGGAGCGAUCAUACAGGUCCACGCAGAGAAUGGAGACAUCAUUGCCCAGGAGCAAAAGCACGUGCUGGAAAUGGGGAUCACUGGCCCAGAGGGGCAUGUGCUCAGUCGACCAGAGGAGCUGGAAGCAGAAGCUGUGUUUCGUGCAAUCACCAUCGCUGGCCAGACCAACUGUCCCCUCUAUGUCACAAAAGUAAUGAGCAAGACCGCUGCAGACAUCAUCGCCCAAGCCAAGAAAAAAGGAAAUGUUGUGUUUGGAGAGCCUAUCAGCGCCAGCCUUGGCACAGAUGGCACACACUACUGGAGCAAAAACUGGGCUAAGGCUGCGGCAUUUGUCACGUCACCACCUCUCAGUCCAGAUCCCACCACCCCUGAUUACCUGAUCUCUCUCUUAUCAAGUGGUGACUUGCAAACAGUGGGAAGUGCCCAUUGCACAUUCAGCACGGCACAGAAGGCGAUCGGAAAGGAUGACUUCACCCAGAUUCCCGAGGGUACAAACGGAGUUGAGGAACGCAUGUCCAUUAUCUGGGACAAGGCAGUGGCAACUGGUAAAAUGGACGAGAACAUGUUUGUGGCUGUGACAAGCACCAAUGCUGCCAAGAUCUUCAACCUGUACCCAAGAAAAGGCAGAGUCGCAGUUGGGUCCGAUGCUGAUCUCAUAAUUUGGGAUCCGGAUGCAAUGAGGACCGUGUCUGCCAAAACCCACCAGUCGGCUGCCGAGUACAAUAUCUUCGAAGGGACAGAUUUGUGCGGGGCUCCUGUUGUUGUCAUUAGCAUGGGGAAGAUCGUGCUGGAAGAUGGAAAUCUGCAUGUCACCCCAGGAAAUGGCCGCUUUGUCCCCUGCAAGCCCUUCUCAGACUACGUACACAAGCGUAUCAAGGCACGGAAACAGUUGGCACAGGUGCGUGGUGUACCCAGAGGAAUGUAUGAUGGUCCAGUGCACGACUUAGGCACCCCCAAAGCAGGAACCCCCUCGGCUUCAGCCAAGACAUCUCCUUCGAAACAGCCCCAACCAGUUCGAAAUCUACACCAGUCUGGCUUCAGCCUUUCCGGAAGAACUUCUGAUGGUUUAACAAAAUCUAAUGCAGGAGCUCAAGUGGAUGACGGGCCUCGCCGCAGUGGUCACCGCAUCGUCGUGCCUCCCGGCGGCCGUUCAAACAUCACCUCGCUCAGCUGAAGUCUGCGGCAGGAAAGGGGGAGAGAGACAGAGAAAGAGAGAGAGAGGAGAGAGAAAGGGGAAUGGGAGGGGUGGGUGGGGAAGAAAGAAAUCAUGCCAUAACGAUGACACGUUGCAAAAAAAAAAAUCAAAAAGCAAAUUGUUUGUCCUACUUAAAAAAUAAAUUGUUACUUUGAAUUGAAUAUUGACAGUGCUGCCUCAAGCCUUAUUGAUGAGAAAGCUACUUUGCCAUUGCUUUAAUAAAGUCUUGUUGUUUUAUUAUUUAGCCUUAAGUCAUCGGAGUUUAACUGUUGAUAGUAAGGAUGCAAAGAUUACAGUUGCCUAUUAAUUGAUUUCAACAGCAAAUUAAACCCUGCCAUUGCUACUUGUUCCAACAAUUCCAGGGCCUCUGCUUUUCUCGACUUCCAUUCCAAACUUCUUGUUUGCAGAGGUUCCAACAGAUGUGAUCAGGUCUGUUGUAUCCCAUUGCCUUAUCGUGUAACACUGCCAAUCUGGAAAUGAAUAUUCCACUUCCUUUUAUAUCUGUAGUGAAAUGCCCGUCAGAAUAGGCUUCAGGUCAGGUCCAAUAACAAGCCCAUGUUUUACAUGUUACCUUUAUGAUCCUUUUGCUUAAUUUAAGGGAAACCAUUGUUGGUCUACUUUUAGCACCCUUCUUCAGAUGGUCCCUAAUUUAUUGGAACUGUUAUAUUUCUCAUCGUGCUGACUAAAAUUUGUUUCUGUGCACUUUGAUCGCAAGUAUCAGCUUUGUCAAGGAAUCUUAUUUACUGGUUUCCAGGCCAAUAGACUUUGGUGCAAACCAAAGAUGUGGAUCCAACCUUUGCUGAAGCCAUUCUGUCAGUGCUGGCUCUUUGUAAGAGAGAGAAAGAGAGAGAUUUCUGGUUGUUUUUUCUUUAGGGAAUUAGCUAAAUUUAAUUGGAAUUAGUGAUAUUUUGACAGUACAGUGCUCUACGCUAACUUCUCAAAUCCACCGUGAAUGCCUUCUUAGCAAGCCAGAGAUUGCUGGAUAGCAAUGAUGUCAACAUCCACCACAUCUGAUAAAUUGGACAAGAGACGAGUCAUUCACCAUGAAAUACCAAUGUUUAACUUGUUCAAUAGCGCGAUUCAUCAUUUCAAAUGUUCCUUUGACUGUUGAUUGGAAAUGACAGGGCCAUCACAUUUCCCCACGGGGAGACAAGAGGGAAAGCAAAUAAGAUCCACUGCAUGGGUUCUCGAUGGAAUUCAAUAGCUGUCAGAAAGAGUUUGUAAAUUAAUGUUUUGCAAAUGAAUAGAUUGAUUCAAAACUUGUUUCUACAGUUGGUCUGCCCAAGUUGAUUCAAUUUAAUCAACUUCUAAGCAGUGCAGAUCAGAAGUCCCGAAUUAGAAACUUAUUUUUCUGCUGAGAUAUUUGUAUCAACUGCUGAAGAUCCGGUAUACCAAUGAUGUGAGCGAACUUCAAGGUGGGGAAUAAUCCAACACACAUCACUGCUUGUUUGCUGUCCACUGAUGCCAAUGUAUAACCAUGUGUGGUAAAUGAGACUCGGAUUGGAAAUGACUGUGAGGACUUUUGCAGUGGGAUAGUCUGGCAGCUCCCUGUACUCUUGCACGUUCAAUUAAUAGUAGGGAGGGUCUAAUUAGUGAGAAGAAGCUUGAAUGUUCCUGAUGUCUGAACAUCCCAGGUAGCUAAAAACAAAUUUGUGAUUUUUUCCACCUAUGCUUUUCUGUACUUUGUGAGUUCCACAUAACUGUAAUCAGUGCAUCCUUUUUAGGAAGAGUAGCCUUUGAUCUGUAUUCACUUUAAAUCUUGUGCAUGCUGAUGAAUCCUCCAGGAGUCGGCUUGAAAAGUCAUACAUUGCAUUACUUCAAAGACCUAAAGUGCUUUUACACUUUAAUUUUGCUGCUUGCCUGUGUGUUCGUAUGAACACACACACACACACACACACACACACUGACAGACUCCCUCUCCACUCCAUGCCACUUAGAACCACGAGGUAUUUCAUCGACACAUUACGGCAUCAUGACCUAUUUAGAAAGGACUCUGUAUCAAUUUUAAUGGAUAUAUGUUAUCCAGCCUUCAAGCAGCUUGUUCUUUUGAACACCCCCCCAGAUUAUUUCCCUUGGUGUAUAGGGAUAUUCAUCACGAACUUGACUUGAGGGCCCCUGAAUAAAUUCUUCCCAUACCUACUGUUUGUUCGGGUUCCUGCUUUAUAGUCGAACAUAUAGGAAGCUUCAUUAUAAGCAACUGGGAGAAAUUGUGUAAAAAGCUGCAUCUUUUCCAUCCCCAAAUACACAUCGAGGAAUUUUGGUUGAGUAGGUGUGCUCCCUUUAGUCAGAUCCAAGCCAAUUCUGAUCGUGCAAUUUUCCACGAAAAAGUCAUGCAAAAAUACAUCUAAGGCUGCUCCUCCAGAACCCUCCCUUGCUUUGGAUAAAGCAUCUUAGCAACUAUCCCCAGUAAGACUUUCUUCUUAUUUACGACUGGCCUAUUGACGCCUUUCCCUCAUACAAUUUCAUAAGAUCUGAGAAAUAUUCCAAUCAAAAUGUAUUGUCCAUCUGAUGGUGACUAAUUGAAAACACAUUUAGAUAAAGAGCCCAUUUUUAAAUUUCAGGAAACAAGUGAAUUAAAAUUAUUUUAAGGGUUAAUAAGAUUGCACCAUGGGUAGUGUACCAAAACAGCACAUCAUGGAUCUCUGCAAUGGUAGGGACCAAUGAAAUGUGAUUACGUUUUACUUAAACAUUUUCUGGAGAGCUGGGUGCUAUGAGAAUGAUACAAAUUAGGACACCAUAAAAUGUACUUUAUUUGACUUUAAAAUGACUCCCUAUUCCCACCAUUUUAUCUCGUUUUGAUGCUCAUUAAUUAAAGAGGGCGAUCUCAUCACCAGAUAUUUAUUCAUUGUUACCUUCAAAUAUCUAAUGCUCUGCUUUAAAAAAAAAUUCCUAUUAAUAAGAAAUGCAUUAUUUCACAGUUUACUAUUAGACAAUAGAGUGAUACGAGGCUGCUUUUUGAGUCUGUGUUUUGGGAUGUACUGCUCAUAUUAGCAGGCACAGAGUUUUUUUAACCAAAAAAAGGAAGGUUAAAUUCUGCCGUUAAUGAGGUUUGAACAGCUGAUGACUUUUAAUUGCCAUUUUCUUCCAAAAUCUUGUUUCAAAAAGGUGUAAGGACAACAUUACCAAGGUGGUUGAUGUUUAGAAAUCUUUUCUUGUAUUUAUGUUUGUACAUGCCUUGGACUAAUAAAUUUAUGCAAAUAUGGCUUCACAAAGA